AUGAUGUUUAAUACUGCUGCCGUCAUCUUUGUCAUUACAACUGUCUCUGCGUCCCAAAAUCGGGAGGGAUCAAAAGUGUACGUUGUGGCGGACAAGCACCCUAAUCCUCUGGAUUCAAGUGGUGAUACAAUCACGUUCACUAUCGAUGAGUUUCCCGACAACAAAGCUCCAUGCUCCUCUUCGGAAGGAUGCCAACCCCUUGGAAACGGGUUUGCCGCCUGGGAUUUCUCCUUUGACCUGAUCGGAGACUCCAUGAAGCUUGUCUUGACUCCUUCAAGAGAAUCAGGGAGUGAAGAAUUUGAAGGGGUCCACGUGGAGGAGUAA